AGAGUUGACUGUUCUAGUCAAAGCUCUAGAUUUUUUUUGAUACCGUGUGCUCGGGAACAGUACUUUCCAAUGAUGCAAAGCCAGUGAGAAAUCUAUAUCUCUGGACAGUUCUAGCUAGAGUGUGUUCUUCCAGAUUCACCAAAAAUUUGUGUUCUUCCAAGCUAUGGAUCUUGCAACUUUGUGUGCCUUGAUGCUGGUCGCUUUGAUGCCCCUCUUGUACUUCGCUGGCUCUAGAAGAGGAAGAAGACGCGAUGGAGAUCGUCUCCCUCCCGGCCCCUUCAAUCUCCCCGUCAUUGGCAGCCUCCACAGGCUCGGCUCGCUCCCUCACAUCUCCCUUCAAAAGCUCUCUCGCAAGCACGGCGACGUCAUGCACCUGAAGCUCGGCAGGGCCUCCGCCGUGAUCAUCAGCUCCGCGCGAGCAGCCAGCGAGAUAUUCAAGCUCCACAGCCUCCAGUGUUCGUCGAAACCUUCGCUGAUCUGUAGCAAGUACUUUGGCAACGAUUCCAGCGGCAUAAUCUUCAGUUCCUACACUCCACAGGUGAAGCUCUACAGGAAACUCAUCAACACUCACUUGCUAUCGCCGGCGCGGCUGAGGAUCUGCGAUGGGAUUCGCCGGGAAGAGCAGCACCGCCUCGCUCGAUCCAUCCGCGACGAGCAGGGAAAUCCGGUGCUCCUGCGCGAAAAGUUCCACGACUUCAACAUGAACAUCAUAGCUUACAGGCUCUUCGGCGAGCGCUCCUUCUGUGGAUCCAGCCAGGAAUUCGUGCGAGCCAUCGUCGAGACAAUAAGGUUGGUCGGGAUCUUCAACGUGAGCGAUUACAUCCCCUGGCUACGGUGGCUGGACGUCCAGGGCCUGGAGAAGCAGUACAAGCAGCUCACGGACAAGCUGAAUCGCCACCUCUUCUCCAUCUUGCGAGACCGGCGAGAGAAUCCUCGGGUUGUCACCACCGACGAGGAGCCCAUGGCGUUCAUCGACGUGCUCAUCUCCAUGGACGAGCUCUCGGACACGACCAAGAUCACGCUUUUGCUCGAUAUCUUGCUUGGCGCAGUUGAUAGCUCGGCUCUCUCGGUAGAAUGGGCCAUGGCGGAACUUCUCCGCCAUCCAGCCGAGCUCUCGAGAGCUCGACGCGAGAUCGACGACGUUGUCGGGUCGCAAAGGCUUGUGGAGGACUCGGACCUGCCCAAGCUUCCAUACGUGGAGGCCAUAGCCAAGGAGACACUGAGGCUCCACCAAGUGACGCCGCUCAUCAAUCCCAAGCUCGUCGAAGGAGGGCCGAUCAAGCUCGGUGGCUUCACGAUCCCAGCCGGGGCCUUGGUCUACCUGAGCAGCUACUCGAUCGGGAUGGACGGGAAGUUCUGGAAAGAGCCUCUGGAGUUCCGGCCACAGCGAUUCAUCGAGCAGGACAUCGACGUGUUUGGCCAAAACUUCCACUUCGUUCCAUUUGGAACUGGGAGGAGAGUCUGCCCCGGCGCCAAGCUCGGCCUUGAUACUGUCCGGAUUGGAGUGGCGAUGCUUGUCCAAGGAUUUGACUGGGAGCUCGACCAAGAUCCUGCAAAGAUGGAUAUGGCUGAGACUUUUGGAUUGGUGUGCCAAAAGACUCAACCUCUGGUGGCGAUUCCCCGUCCAAGGCUAGAUUCUCACGUCUACUAGCGCCAGAAUCCACGACCUUGCCUCCAUCCUCCUGUGGAUCAUCCUAGAUUGCUAGUUCGCACCUACAUUUUGUGGAUC